AUGCACUUCCUUCCGCCUUCUCUUUUGACCAUCUGCCAAUUUUCUUCUCCAUUUGCUUGUGUUCAGCUCCAGUACAGGAUCCUCUUCGUCCGAGUUCUGUGUGCUCUGCAGCUGGGGCCCCGGAGGAUAUCAGGAAUAAUGGACACUUGUGAAAAGACCAAGGACAGUGAUGGCCUUACGUCUGGGGUAACCCAGCCUCUCCACAUCGACAUGCAUAUCCACCAGGAAUCUGUUCUGCCCAAGCUCCUGCUAUCUGCUUGCUCCCACUUGCAGUCCAAGAUUCAACCCAAGUGCACUACCAUCCAUUCCCAAGGUCGCAAGCGACUUCUUGUAGCAUCUUGGGUGACACAGAUCGUGCUUGGCGUCUUGAGUGGAGUCUUGGGAGGAUUCCUCUACAUUUGCAAGUACUCCGCCUUGCUGUCCUCAGGGGCUGCUAUUUGGACAGGUGCAGUGUCUGUCCUGGCUGGAGCUACUGCCUUCCUUAAAGAGAAGCGUGGUGGUCGCUGUUGGCGCUUCCUGAGGACCCUGCUUGCCCUGACAGCUUUCUCCACAGCUGUUGCUGCCAUUAAAAUUGGAGCUGAUUAUCUCUACUGGGUCCCCUUCAAUGAUGGAGACUACAUCUGUAGUGAUCCUUCAAGACAGAGAUGGCCCACUCCUCCCCCCAGCACAAUGAGUCCAGAAGAAGACAGAAGAUUGCACCUGUGCCUUGCCUACAUGGACAUGCUGGUGGCCCUGUUCAGAGGCCUCCAGUUCACACUGCUGGGUAUCUGGGUCCUGUUGCUGGUGGCAUCGUUAGCUCCCUUGGCUCCCCUGGUCUGCAUGUGCUUGUGCUGCUGGAGAAGACUCCUAGCUGAGGAGGAAAAGAAUCAGAAGGAACAGUUGGAGGUGGAAUGCAGCCCUAUUUCUGCUUGA